CAUAAUUCGUUUCCUACUGGCCUAAAACACAUGUGUAGUAGAGUUGAAAAUUCAGAUCCACGGGCAUGCAUAAAUUUAUGUCUCUAUAUGUAUUGGCUUGAAGCAAUUAUCGGUUUAACUAAACUAGUGGGACACCCCGUGCAUUUGUGUGUUGAAUUUAAUACAUAUUGUUGUACAAGUUAUUUUCUAUUUUUACCAAUUUUGGUGGAGUCUAUAUCUACAAUACCAAACAUAUAGUCCCUUCGUCUGGAACUACUUGUCACAAAAAUGGAUAAAAAGGGUGUAUCUGGAACUAAAAUACGUCUAGAUACAUCCAUGUCUUCGAUAAGUAAUUCCAGGCAGAGGGAGUACCAUAUAAAAAAUUCAUGAUGAAUCUCAUGGUAGUAAUUUAAUAUUCUAGAUGUUGAUAAAUAUUUCUAUAAUGGUGAAAGUUUAUAAAGUUUGACAUAAAAAACUAAUACACACACUAUAUAUUGGAAUCGAGAGAGUAUUGUAGAGGAACGUCUAGGGGUGCGAGUGGGAGUGAAGCUCCCCUGUGAUACUGAUCAGUAUUGACUUAGGUCAUUGUUGUUAUAUAUGCCUCAUGUAAGCUGCCGUACGGGAUAAGUCCAUCGUUGUAAUCCCCAACGUUUGUAACCUCUUCCAAUAUAGUGAAGGUUUACUAGCUAGCGAAUGUGGUUUUUUUCCCUUUCGUGUUGGAGGGAUUUUCCAUGUUAAAACCCUUGUGUCCUUUUGUGAUUGAUUUAGGUCUUCGUCGUUUCGUUUGCUUGUCGUAUCUCUAACAGACUGCAUGAACGGCAAAUGUGGCAAAUUAACACAUUUUAUCGUAUUCUAAAUUUGAGAUGUACAAAAUAACAACAAUUUCCCCCUUUCACAAAACUCAACCCUGCUUUUAUUCCUUGGUGAGCAACUCAGAUUUACGAACUAGUCCACUCCCUAGUUGUAAUUUUGAAUGAUACUCCAUUUUCUAGGUCAUAAUUUUCAUUAAGGUGCCCAUAGUUAGUUACAUAAUAAAGAAAAAAUGCUAACUUCCCACAAAAAUAAUGCUACCCUUUGUCAAGAAAGACCAAAACUACGGUGGGAUCAUUUAAACUGUUAAAUUUGUUGUCGAGAGAGAGAGAUGGCCAGCAUAGUAUUAGUGCGGGCCGGACUAUAAGUCCUUUCACUCAUGAAAAAUUAUUCCAAAAAUAAGUAUAGCAAAAGAGCACGUUUUAUCAUACAAGUGCACCCCCAACGACAAUUCCCCUUUGCAUCAAAGUCAGUAUGCUUUUUUUCUUCCUAAGAAAGUCAACCCCCAAAAUAGUCCACAUCCUAGUUGUAGUUUCCAUGGUACUUCACUUUGUAUCCUAAUUCUCGAUAAGAUGUCAUUGGUUACGUAGUAAUGCAAAAAAAAAAAAACGAGUACCUUUUUCCAAAAGGGUCAAACUACAAUGGAAUCAUUUAAACUGUUACAUUUGUUCUAGUCAAAGAGAGAAUUUGCCUGCAUAGUCAGCAUUGAUCAAGUCACAGAAUCUACAGCUCAUAUUUUCUUAAAUAAAUAGGUGCCAAGUUGAAGAGUCAGGAAGAAGAUAUACCUGUAAAUUCAUAGGAAAUGCCCAUCAAACAUACAUUUGGUUGACUGGAAAAUCAUAAUAACAUAUGUGCAUUUUAAUUAACCUUUGCUUUGCCUUGUUUAUCACGGUAUGCUUGCUUAUAUAUAGCAUUUGGAGACCAAGCAUGCAUGGAAGCCCCAACUUACAAGCAUCAAGCAAGCUUUGGUACAGCAGCGCAAGCAACCAAGUAUGAGAACACCUCAUGCAGCGUUCCUCUUGCUCUUCAACCUGGCGUGCCUCUGCGGUGCCUACUCCGGUGGCGGCCAGAGCCGCUUCACCUCCAUAAUCAGCUUCGGCGACUCCUACGCCGACACCGGUAAUUUGGUCAUGUGGGCUGAUCCCAUCCUUCCGGGUCUACUACUCAAGAACCUCCCCUACGGCGAGACCUUCUUCGGCCACCCCACUGGACGAGCCACCGAUGGCCGCCUUGUGCUGGACUUCAUCGCCGAGGCUUUGGGUCUGCCUUUCGUGCCGCCGUACCUCGCCAAGGGGAGCAACUUCUCCGCCGGAGUCAACUUCGCCGUGGCAGGAGCGCCGGCUCUAACCCUGACAUACCUGCAGGGACAAAAUUUGACCGUGACGAACCCUCCGAUCAACAGCUCCCUCCACGAUCAGCUCGAGUGGUUCCAGAAACUGAAGCCUUCGCUCUGCAAGGAACAAGGUGCUGAUUGCUUCGGGGGCUCCCUGUUUAUCAUGGGAGAGUUUGGGUCAAAUGACUACAGGAACAUCCUUAUGUCCAACAGGACGGUUGAACAAGCCUUAAUUUAUGUUCCUCUAAUUGACAGCAUCGCCACAGGCGUAGAGAAACUGAUCCAGCAAGGCGCCAAGUACAUCGUUGUGGCAGACGUCUUCCCGACUGGCUGCAUACCGCCAAUUCUCAAAAUGCUCGCUAGCCCAAAUAAAAUGGAGUACGAUCGGCAUGGAUGCCUGAAGAGUGGGAACAGGCUGGGACGCUCCCAGAACUCUCUCCUCCGCCAACGGAUCAAGAUGCUUCGGCACAAGUAUCCACAUACGAAGAUCAUUGCCACCGAGUACUACAGACCCAUCCUAGCUUUUCUAGAUAUGCCAGGGCAUUUUGGACUGAACAACAGCACAACUCUCCUCACCUGUUGUGGUGCAGGAGGCCCUCCAUAUAACUACGACUUCAACACAGGGUGCGGCCUCCCGGGUGUGAAGGCGUGCACAGAUCCAUCUCAGGCGCUUCAGUGGGAUGGUUUCCACCUAACAGAGUCUGCCUAUAGGGCCAUCGCCGAUGGGUGGCUCCAUGGCCCCUAUGCGGAUCCAACGAUAAUGGACAUUGCACGCUAAUACGCUCAUAGUUUGUUUCCUACUAGCCUAAAGUGCUAUCUGUACUAGAGUUGAUAAUUCAUAUCCACAUGUGUGUGCAAAUUUCUUUCCCUAUAUGUACUCCCUCCA